GGCGCUAGAUUAGACACUUGAGGGCGCUAGCCGCGCUAAACGAGCAACACCUGCUUGUCUGCACAUAUUUUUUCGAGGAGAAAUUUCAUCAGAAAUGGCAGAUAUUAAACAGGAUUUGAAGGCCUUGGCUAGAUUUCUCGAUGUCAAAGGCGUGAAAGUGAACGUUAACAGUGAGACAAAGGUCCCAGUUCUGACUUUAAAUGGAAUGACAGUAACUGGACUUUCAUCGGUAGCCAAUUACCUCGCUAAAACAGCCGGUCGACGCGACCUGAUUGGUGGAAAUGAUGCCGCAGAGCGUGCAGCAGUCUCACAGUGGUUAGAGUACAGAGUCACAGAAAUUGAUAGAUGUCACAGUGAAAAAGACGUUUCAACAGUACUGAAGGAACUUAACUCGUAUCUGGAAACAAGAACUUUUUUCCUUGGAGAGCGAGUUACACUUCCUGAUUUGCUGAUCAUGUAUGGAGUACGGUCAGCAGUGUCGUUACUCACCUUUCAAGAAAAGGAAAAGUUCAUGCAUUUAUCCAGGUGGUGUGACAAUGUGCAGUCAAUAGAGGGCGUCCUACAGAAGCAACAGACACCUGUUUUCUUUGUCAAGAACCCCUUGUAUGCAGGUGUGCAGUCAUAGCAUUUGAUUAAAAAGUUGACAAUUUUUUUGACGAGGAGGGGGGUCUUGUGUCCCAAUGGAAAUGGGCUGGUUUCAAUAAGUAAAUAUAUGAUCUCUGAUAUCUGCUUAAUAGAAUCGUUUUAGCAAACACUAUCAGCUACACAGUAUGAACCAUUGCCUUCAUCUUUAAAAUGAAAAUGUUGCAUCAUUGCAUGUGGCAUUUGUAGUAAAUGGUUUGCUACUACAGUAAAAUACAUAUAUUGUUUAAUUUAUUGACGUGUUGAAAGAAUAAAGUUGAUUCAAUGUUCACAUUAAACGUUCACAGCGCCCUCUGUUGUCAACCUAAGAAAGAUCCUGAAGACGAAGUCAUGUACUUUACGUUUUAUAAAAGCAGAUGCGACAGUCGAAAAUUGUGUCGGCAAGGUUCGCCUUCUCAAUGUUUAUCCAACUUUCCACUUUCAAUUAUAAAUAAACUUAGUGCAGUUAAUUCGUUUUUUAGGCCAUGGCCAUCAUCUCUGCCUUACGAAAAUCGACAGAAAGUACAUGUACUGUGCAUGUCAAUGUGUCAAUGGUCUAUUUUGGGUUUUGACCUCUGUGGAAUGCAUUAUUAAAUAUUAUUUACAUUCUGGCUCGGUACAUCUAUUGUUAUUCAUGCACACAGUACCCAGGAUCAUUCAGGUGCAUUGUGUACACCAACAGUCUAUUCAAGGACACAGAGUUUUGUGCAUUUUUUUUUGGUUGACGGGGAACAGUUAUAAUGAAUUCCAGUGAACAGUGAUUUUUUUUUAGGGAAGUGACAAGUUGUUUUUGUGUGUGUUGAGACAUGCACUUGUACUGACAAGUCUAAAGGUAAUUUUUGGAGAUAUUAAAUGUUUCAAAUACACCCAUUUUGACGUUUGUUGCCUUUUGUUUCCCUAGUAGUGUGAAAAAAAAUUUCAAAGAAGAUCAUGAGGCCUAACUCUUGCUCUCUUCCAGGCAAUUGACUUUACAAGCAAAAUUUGCAAAUAAAAUGUUUUGGAGAGUGUUGUAAAAGCAAUAGCUAUGGACAAUUGACAGCAAUAUAGAUGAUACAUUGAUCACCAAUACUUUGUUAGCUGAAAAGUUUAAAUAUUUUGUGAGAAACUGUUGGUAGUGGUUGCAUCUUGAUGCCGUAAUUCAAUAAUGCCCAUCGACGCAUUUGAGCCGAUUGUGACCAUUUUCAGCCAUUUCAUCCAAGGUGCACAUUCUGCGGUGGAUGUAAGAUGGCCACGUCUUAACAUUUAUCUGUAAAUG